AAUCACAAUCUAUUUUAAAUGGAUUUUUUUAUUAGUUUUAUAAUUUACACGUAACAUGUCAUAUGACGUGUAUUUUGUAAUUUUGUAUUGCUACCUCUUGUUAUAAUAAUGUUUAGUUAAUGUAUUAAGUCAUAAUAUAAUUUAUAUUUUAAUAAUGGAAACUCUUUAUUUAAUUAUUAUUAAUGUUAUCCUUAGUGUAUUUGCCUUUUUUUGUACUUACAACAUUAUACCACAUUUAAAAUCUAUGUUUAUAAGUGCCAAUUUAUAUGGAAAAGAUUUAAAUAAAAAAUCUGAUAAUAAAAUACCUGAAGCUUUUGGUGUAGUGACAGGAUGUACUUUUCUAAUCACAAUCUUUCUAUUGAUUCCGCUCAUAUUUGGCCGACAUAUGUUGCAAAAUGAUACUACUCUAUUUCCACACAGUGAAUUUGUAGAAAUGUUAGCUGCUUUGUUAUCAAUUUGCUGUAUGCUUCUAUUGGGAUUUGCAGACGAUGUUCUAAACCUACGAUGGCGACAUAAACUAUUAUUACCCACUAUUGCUUCUUUACCUUUACUAGUUGUUUAUUACAUAAAUUUUAACUCUACUACAAUUAUUGUACCUAAACCUUUCAGAGAUAUUUUUGGAAUAUCUGUGAACUUAGGUUUACUUUACUAUGUGUACAUGGGUAUGCUAGCUGUAUUUUGUACAAACGCUAUAAAUAUAUUAGCUGGAAUAAAUGGCUUGGAAACUGGACAGAGUCUCAUUAUUGCAAUUUCUAUUUUAAUUUUUAAUGUAAUUGAACUAUCUGGAGAUUGUGUUCAAGCACAUUUAUUCUCAUUGCAUUUUAUAAUACCGUUUAUAUCUGUUACUUUUGCUUUGUUAAAAUUUAAUUGGUAUCCUUCUGAAGUAUUUGUUGGUGAUACCUAUUGCUAUUUCGCUGGUAUGACUUUUGCAGUUGUUGGAAUUCUUGGUCAUUUUAGCAAAACUAUGUUAUUGUUUUUCUUACCACAAAUAUUCAAUUUUUUGUACUCAAUUCCCCAAUUAUUUCAUUUUAUAAACUGUCCAAGGCAUCGUAUUCCAAGAUUGGACAAAUAUGGAACACUAUCACCAAGUUAUACAGAAUGUGAUAAUAUUUCAACCAUUGGAAAGAUGUGUUUGAAAUUAUUUUCUAUUUUUAAAAUUAUUCAUAUUGAAGAGAAAUCAGAUGGAAAUAUUAAAUGUAAUAAUCUAACACUUAUCAAUCUAUGUCUACUUAAAAUAGGACCAACUAAUGAGAAAACGUUGACUAUAAUAUUGUUAAUCGUUCAAAUUGUUUGCAGUUUAUUUGCAUUUGUCAUACGUUACCCAUUGGCAUCAUUAUUUUAUGAUGUAUAAUCAGUUGCUUACAAUGUAUUUUUAUGUAUAAACUAUCGAAGUUGAGUUAUUUUUGUAAAUUUGAACAAAUAACAAAAUUAAAUUGUUACUAUUUAUUUAUUAUAAAAAAAAUGUCAUUUGAUUAUAAAAUUAUAAUUUUUAUGUUUAUACAAAAUUGAAUUGGUUCAGUAAAUCACUAUGAAUAUUUCAGUGAUCGAUAGAAGGUAAUAAUAAUUAAUUCAUAAUAGUAGUAAAAUUAAUUCUGUUUGAAAAAGAUUAUCAAAUACCUCAGUGGUGUAAUUUGGAAUUGGUUGUAGGGUGGGUUUGUAAUAUAAGUUUAUAAUUUCGUUUUAGUGGGGCUAUGUCUCCCCACACCUCCCUUAGAUUAAAAUACGUCUGAAGGGAUAUAUCCCCAUAUCCUCCCCCAUAAUUACGCCACUGAAAUACCUCAUAAUACACACUAAUCAAGCAUUUUAUUUUAUGAUGAAAUUUAUAAUAAACAGUCCAAUGGGACUUGUAGAAAAAUAAAUAUUUAAAAAUCUUUUGUUAAAUACUGCUAUUAUUUAUUUUAUAAAAUAUUAAAUUCACAGUUUAUAACUUGUU